AUGCCUGCUCCCACAGCCCUCAAGAAGACCGAAAGCACCCCGCUUGUCGCAGAUGUGCCAUCACCAGCUCAGGACAAUGACCAGGAGUUCCUGCUAGACGCCCCCGACGCUGCUGUGGCCGAGGCUGAAGUCAUCGUGCCCGAGACGACAGACGCAAGCAACAGCAUGGCUAUUGAUGAAGAGGGACGACCUCGCUUCGCCCCGUCCAAAGAUAUCGACCCCAUGACGAGAGUCGAGACACGCAAGAUUCCCAUCCCGCCGCACCGAAUGACGCCGCUGAAGCAGGCGUGGCCUUCCAUCUACCCUCCCAUCGUGGAGCACCUCAAGCUGCAGUGCCGUAUGAACAUUGCGCGGAAAACGGUCGAGCUGAGGACUUCCAAAUCCACGGUGGACUCCGGUGCGCUGCAAAAGGGCGAGGAUUUCGUCAAGGCCUUCACUCUUGGAUUCGACGUCGACGACGCCAUUGCUCUUCUGCGACUAGACGACCUUUACAUCGAGACCUUUGAAAUCAAGGACGUCAAGACCGUCCACGGAGACAGCCAGAGUCGUGCCAUCGGCCGAAUUGCUGGCCACCAGGGAAAGACCAAGUUUGCCAUUGAGAACGCCAGCCGGACGCGAAUUGUGCUGGCCGAUUCCAAGAUUCACAUCCUGGGUGGCUUCAAGAACAUCCACAUGGCCCGAGAAUCCGUCGUCAGCUUGAUUCUCGGAAAGCCCCCCGGAAAGGUCUAUGGCAACCUGAGAACGGUUGCUGCCAGGAUGAAGGAGCGUUUCUAG